UGGGAGAAUAAGCUGAUGCAGUCCAAGGCCGUGGUGGGUUUUCAUACGGAGGAGCAGCAGGUUCUGCAAGCUCAACAGCAGCAAGCCCAACAAGCUCAGCAGAAGCAACCACAGCAAGUCCUCCUGCCUCCAGUACACCAGGCUCCUCAGCAGCAGGUCAUUGUUCAGGAUCCUAAGAUUCUCCAGCACAUGAGCGCCACUGGAAUGAGUGCAGCAGCCACAGCAGCAACUUUGGCUUUACCCGCAGGUGUAGCACCGUUUCAGCAACUUAUCACCCCUCAGG